AUGGCCUGCAUCGGUAUCUCUUACGGCGGUCGCGCCUUCUUCGUCGAAAAGCCGACUUCUUGGCAGGAUCUCCUCCAGACUGCCUCGAUCAAGUUCGGGCUCUCGAUCAACGAGGUGAAGGAUUUUCGCGCUUUCUACUGUAUGGAUAUGAGCGGUACCUUACCUCGGUGGGACCUCGACCACACUGCAUGGGCUGGCGUUAGGGCCAACUCGUGCAUUUAUUUCGAGUCCGCGAUCGAUUCUUCCUGGUCGGCAUCCGUUGUCUCGCCCACAAGCGUGUCGGAAAAGAGAAUGGCGCGGCGGAGCGAACCGUAA